AUGACUUCAAAGUCUGAAAAAAUUCUAAGAAGACUUGAAAAACAUACUGCGCAAGAUGCAAAGGAAUACGACAAAGAAAUGAAAAUUUAUAUGCAACAAGUAUCCGAUUUUCAGAAUUUUAUUGAAAGAGUAGAUGAUUGGUAUAACAAAAACGAAAAGCGGUACCUGAGAAUGAUGUCAAUUUUCGAAAAAGAUGAAAUAUCUGAAACGGAAUUCAAGCUCGCAUUUCGUGAUCUACGAACGCCUUUUUCUGCUCUUGAAGAACAUAUUAUCUAUCGAAUGUUAGAUCCAGAGAAGACUGGAAGAGCAGAUUAUUCUAAACUCUAUGAAGGAAUAUGGAAAGCACUUGCAAACAAAUACGUUAAUGCCGAUAACCCAAAUGAUUUUGAUUUUAAAAAGUUAAAUAAUUAUUUUUUGGCCACUUUCAAAAUUCCAUCUUACGAGCCUCUGGAUAUGCCCACUACCUUUGAAGCACUUAUUACUCAAGAUUUUACUGGCUUAAUGUUGCGCGAAUUAAUUCGGGUUAAAAUACCUAGGUUAGCAACUAAAGCUAUUAUGGUAUUCACCGAACCCAGUAAGUACGAGGAAUCUUUAAUCAAAUGCAAUCAAAAAUUAUCCGAAUUUAAUUUUGUUAGUGGUCCAAAAUGUGCACCAACUGAGAUUACAUUGUACUAUGAUUAUUCCAUUGGAAGAAUUGAUUGUCCACUAUUGACUAAUGCAUCUUAUUUUGGAUCCACUAAUCAAAAGCCGCGAAAAUUUCUUCGACAGUCAACUGCCGAUUAA